ACAAAAAAAAAAAAAAAAAAGACUAUAAAAAAGGCAGCCCUUUUUCUUUACCUUUCUUUUUUUUUUGUUUGUUUUUUAUAUAUGCUAUCAUAGAAUAUAAAUGUGGCCCAUUAAAAAAGAUAAGAAAGCGACAGUGGACAACUUGAAUGGGGUAAUGAGGGAUGUGGACUCUUACAUUAGCGAAUUAAGCCAAGAAAGUGCCAACCACACGCCGACCAGAGCUCAAUCAUUACAGCAGCCUCAGAGAGCGUCUCCUCAUGCAACGCAUCGAUCCAAUACCACCCAUCGACAUUACAAGAUCAACGAGACACCACAAUCCACUUUAUCUUCGCCGAUAUUUACCACUGAGAAUGGACAUCAGCCACUAUCAUCAUCGGGUGUACGACCGGCUUUAGGAGCCGCCACUUUUGUGGAACCUGGUUUAUCAAAUCAUCAUCAUUCUGACUAUGUAAAUACCUAUUUAAACAAACAACAGGAAGUCACUUCCACUCCAAGACCCACCAUCAUCACCACAAAAGAAUUCGAUCCAUCCUCUACCUCAGAUACAUCCACACCCAUCACUUCAUUUCCUCCAGAUCUGGCUUUACUCUCUGCUCUCAGUAAAGCCUUCUUAAGGCGAAUCAGAGGAUUGGAAAACGUGAGAGACUUAUUUUGUGCCAAUGAAUAUCCUGAAUCAUUUACCGGCCAAGAAGCCAUUAAAAUGUUAAGAGAUUUAUUAGACGGCGUUCCUGUACAUUAUUGCAUAAAACUAGCGAAUAUCCUAAUGAAGGCAACACCACCUCUUUUCGAGCCAAUUCAUUAUUCACAAAAGUCCAUUAUCCAGGGUGCACUUUUCAACUCACCCGAUGAAUACUAUACAUUACAAGAAGACAUGUCAGAUGAGGAUGUUCCUACCGGCAUCUUGACAGGCUUAUUGCCAUGUUAUAGCUACAUGUGUUUACCUGGGAAACCAGGAUGUUAUGCAUACGCAUGCCCUAACAAACCGGGAAAUUUCACCACAGCAUCAGAGGCACGUACUGCCAGUCGACCUUCAUCCACCGAGCAUAUGCUUUCAUCUGGCGCUGAAGGAUGGGUAGCUGCUAAACAUCAGAUUGCUUGGGCUCAACGCGUGCCCAAAGUCCUUUUACGCAGUCUGUCAAAGAAGGAAGUAGCUCGACAAGAAGCCAUCAAUGAAAUGAUUUAUUCGGAAGAAAUCUACAAAAAUGACCUGGACACUUUAUCCCAAGUCAUUGUCACGCCCUUGUUAACCAAAUCCACCAUCAUCUCCUCUCGUAAGAAACGGGAGCAGUUUGUAAGGGAAGUGUUUGGAAAUUAUACAGAACUAAAUGAGGUGAGUUCGGCCAUGUAUAAGGAUUUAUUGGAUUUACAGCAUGAAAAUGAUUAUGUCCCCAUGGUAGGCGAUACUUUGAUCAAACAUUUCGCUUACUUUGAAGAUCCCUUUUCACAAUACUGUCCCCGUGUGUCGUUGGCAGAAUAUCUGGUGAAAUCAGAGGAGAGAAACAAUCCGGAUUUUGAAAGAUUUAUAGUUCAGGUUGAAAAGAGUAAGAGAAUGCGUAGGUUGCCGUUUCGCCAUUUCUUGUUAAACCCUGUCACUCGUAUGCAAAGAUAUCCACUCUUGAUCAGCGCCAUCUUGAAAAAAACCGAUAAAGAGCAUCCCGAUCACGCUUAUCUCGUCAAAUGUUUGGAUAUGGUGAAAAAAGUCGCCUUUCAAUGUGACGCAUUAGCAGAACUUUUCAAAAAACGUGUAGAGAUCUUACGUAUCAAUGAUAUGAUCACAUUUAAGCAGGGCGAAUUUCAAGAUUUACAAUUGACGGAUCCUCAACGAAGACUAUAUUAUCAGGGAGAUAUCAAGAGACGUAGUAACGGUAUCGAAGUCACUGAAAAGUCCGAUAUACACAUCUUUGUCUUUGAUCAUUUACUUCUCAUGACAAAACUGCGAAAAUCUGCUUCGGUCACUGACGUAUACCGUGUCUGGAGAAGACCCAUCCCGUUACAAAUGUUAUAUAUCGGCACUGCCAAUGAUACGACCAUCCACGCCACCUCUACCACACGAAAUUUACUCUCCAAUUCAACCACAGGAUACCUGCAUGGGUCUUCAUUCUCUUACAGUGGAUUCGUGCCUUUAACUUUACAUCAUUUGGGUCAAAGAGGUGGGGUCUAUACUUUCUCUUGCUUGCCCGAGGAAAAACAAAAAUGGAUAGUAGCGAUUGAUGAAGCCAAGACUGCGUUAAAGAAACGUCUUGGUGAGAAUGUGUAUGAUGUUAUUACAUUGGAUGAUACUUCCUUUCGCUCGGUGGCUUUACCUAAUACUACAGUAAAACAAGGCAAAGUGAAUUGUACUGUUCCAUUCGUCACGAUUCACGAUGAACACAAAAUUGCGGUUGGAACAGACACUGGUGUUUAUUUCAAGAGUAUAGACAGGGUUGGUAUUCGGAAGGUGUUAUCAUGCGAAAAUGUGACGCAGUUAGCUAUUUUAGAAGAGUAUCACAUUUUGUUGGUAUUGGCAGAUAAAACUUUAAAGGCUUAUCCUUUAGAUCGUUUGGAUUGUCCUACUGCAGCUAAAGGGAAAUCGCCGGAACGCUUAGGACAGGAACUAGGACAACAUGUGCAUUUUUUCCAAGUCGGGUUCUGCAAUGGAAAAGAUCUAGUGAUAUUUAAAAAGAAGAAGAACACGAUGAGUAUUUUCACCUGUUUAGAGCCCAUCUAUGAUUUACGAGAUCCCAAGAAUGAAAAGUACAUUACUCAAAAGACGGGCUUUUUGAUGACCAGCAGAUCCAGUCAUGCAUGGUUUAAGAAAUACAAGGAGUUCUAUGUGGGCGCAGAAGCUACGAACAUUCAUUUCCUUAAAUCCAAAUUAUUGAUCGUCUGCGAACGAGGCUUUGAAAUUAUUGACCCUGAAAAUCUAGGCGUGGGUGGCAGAGAUAUACCCGAUAAAGGAGAUCCGCAGUUUAAUUUUGUACAUCGUCAAGCGGAUGCCCUGAAACCUUUGGCCAUGUAUCGUGUUCAUGAUAAGUUUUUGCUCUGCUAUAACAAGUUUUCAUUUUAUGUAAAUAAUCGGAAUGGUUCGCUUGUUCAAAGGGGUCCACAAAAGUUACCGCUUUUAUGCGAAUGGGAAGGGAAUCCUGAGAACAUUGUAUUUCAAUAUCCGUAUGUGAUUGCAUUUGAUCCACAGUUUAUCGAAGUGCAUCAUGUCGAUACUGGAAAUCUUGUACAAAUUAUACCUGGCGAUCAAAUUCGAUUGACACAUUUCCAAACAAAUGGUGACAAGACUGUGAUACAAGGCUGUAUGACACAUUCACAACGACCUGAAAUACAAAAUAUUUUUUACUUGAAGCUAAACCAUUUACGCAACAAUGCACGUAAAUUUAUUUAAAAGAAAUAAAGAAGGAUGGGAAGUGUGAAUAGGGUAUAAUUUGUCUAUGUGUGUUUAUAUUAUUAUCUACAAGUUAGAUUUCUCUUGAGGGGGAAUAUACCAA